UAAGUCUGUAAUUCGGGUGUCCGGGUGUGAAUUUGCAUUUUAACUGUUGUUCAUUGAGAGUUAAUUGUGUUGCUACUGUAAUCCCUUUGAUCUGCGCGACCAAACGCUUGUGUGAUUGACGCGUCUGCGGCGCCAGCGGCUCCCCGGGUCAUCAGGAUUCAGUGUUCAUACAAAAACCAUUUGAGCUACAUUCACCAUCACCAUUGUCUUUAUGCAAAAACAACCAAGCAUUUCACUUUUGGUAUUGAAUGAGAAUUUACUCCACAUAACUCAACGACGCCACAUAAAAACGGUAAACUCCUAGAAUAGUUUGGUUGCUGGAUAUUUAACUUUAUCAAUCCUCAAAAUUAUCAAUGUGAUCAACCAUAAUGGAUAACAAACCCCAAAUAUCCUGAUGUCUUGUUUUAAUCUUGGCUUUCUGAAGUCAACAUAAAAUAGGCAAAACAAUUGUAAGCGAAUUAACUUUUGAGUGACUACAAAAUUGUUGACUUACAGUUGAUUGGUGCUUAAAAUAUAUUUUAUAAAAAAUUAGAGUAUUUAUUUUCUGACAUGUUGCAUAUUUAAGAUAGGUCAGAUUGAACAUUUUUGCUCGUUUUUCUACCAUUUUGAGUUUCCCCAUGCAUUUUAAACAUAACCGCGCCAUGCAUCCAGUUGUUCUGACGCUGCGUCUUUGUUUGGAGAGGAUGCAGACACCUGGAUGAGACAGAGGUUCUCACAGACAAGCUGGCGCCAGGCCUUCACACAAUCACAGGAUAUGUAAAGACUUCAAUAACGACCCAUUAGGCCUAAUGAUUGAGAAUCGAUCGGGCGUUAACGCGCCAUGCAUAUGUUAAUGUGAUCCUGGGACGCGCUAUAUAUAGGCAGCUCACUCUGAAGGCCUGACACACAGUCUUGGAUUGUACUCGGAUAAGACACGCUUGCUUUUACUCAGACAGCAAUCAUGGUGAAGAACUUUUCUGUGGACUGGCUCGCCCAAAGCUUUCACGACUCUGCGCCUCAGGAAGAUUCAGAACCAGAGAAGAAGCGCCACAGGCCUCACAUGCCCUGUUUGGCUCAACCGAGACCUCCAACAUCUUACGACAAGGUUUACUUGCAGCCCAAACCAAAAGUCACAGCUAAAGUCCAGCAGCAAAAACAAGAAGACACAAGCGUACCAAAGGAGAAAGAGGUCUCAGUUGCGCAAAGAAACUGUUCGUCUCCAAGCUUUUCAGAGAAUAGCGAAUACUCAUCCGGAUAUGAAAGCGAAACGGCCGCGUCUGAAUGCGCAUCUGUUGAAGAUGGAAACGACCUGGAAAAAGAGGCCGUGGCGCGCCGAAUCAGAACCAAAUUCACUCCAGAUCAGAUCGACAAGCUUGAGAAAAUCUUCAACAAGCACAAAUACCUGGACGCAGGGGAGAGAAUUAAAACUGCGCUAAAGCUCAGUCUAUCUGAAACACAGGUCAGAACCUGGUUCCAGAACCGUCGGAUGAAGUUAAAGCGCGAAGUGCAGGAGAUGCAGGCGGAUUGUUUUCAGUUUCCAGCUGUGCCACAAAUGCUUCUGCCGGUUCAGUAUCACUAUCACGACAGACAACGACUUCCCUUUCCUCCACAAACCCUGAUGCAUCAGAUGAGCAGCGCUCAACACAUCAUUCUUCCUCACCACCAUCAUCAUCAUCUCAUGAUGCCCGGCCAGCAUUACUACUGAAAGACUUUUCCCAUAAAUUAAAACACUUACAUCACAUUUGGUGUGCAAUAUAUGUACAGUUAUGCUUUGUAUUAAAUACAGUAAAGUAAAAAUGUUUAAUUUUAAAAAUGAUUAAAAGAAGAGUUUAUUUAUUGUCAGAAAUAAAGAAUGUUUUAUUGCAA